CCCCCCAGUUAAUUUCCACCUUAAUAGUUAAUAUUGGUGUGAUCUUCACAUUGAUUGCCGAAUUUGUUAGUAGUUAAACCUUGUAUCAAUAAAUUGGCUAAUUAAGUUAUUUAAUUUACUAAAGUCAUUUAAGUUCGUGAGUGAAUUAUGGAAAAUGUAAUAUUUUGUUAUUAAAUCAAAAGAAUAAAUCAGUUAUAUACAACAAUAAUUAAUAUACAUUUUGUUAUAUUGUUCUUAUCUCUUACAAAUUAAGUUAUGUCCGUUUAUAUUUAAGUUACGAUAUGGUUAAUAAUUGAACGGUUUUCUUAGGCUAUAUAAUAAUGUAAAACAAAAAUUUAUAAUCAGUUAUAAUUUCCUAUACAUUUCUUAUUUUCUUUGAUCAUCCUCCUAUAAUUUGGAGGAGGAAUUACUUGUGUUAGAGCAUUAUACACAAAUUGAUCAGAUGUGGAUUACUAGUGUUGUAUUUGGGGUAGUGGGAUUGCUGGUGAUAUGGGUUGGGAAUUGGAUUAGGAAAUGGAGGAAUCCCAAGUGCAAUGGGAUUCUUCCACCAGGCUCAAUGGGAUUCCCUCUCAUUGGAGAAACUCUUCCUCUCAUUAUUCCCAGUUACUCUCUUGACAUUCAUCCCUUCAUCAAAACAAGAAUUCAAAGAUAUGGGACUAUUUUCCGAACAAGCAUAGCAGGACGACCCGUUAUAAUGUCAGCUGAUCCAGAAUUCAACAAUUUCAUUUUACAGCAAGAAGGGAAGCUAGUUGAGUUAUGGUAUAUGGACACCUUUUCAAAAAUCUUUGCACAAGAUGGUGAAUCUCGAACCAGCGCAGUUGGUACAGUACACAAGUACGGGAGAAACAUAUUUCUCAAUCACUUUGGUACUAAAAGCCUAAAAGAAAAACUCAUACCUCAGAUUGAACAAGUAGUCAACAAUGCUCUCACUUCAUGGUCAACUCAAGAUUCUGUUGACAUUAAACGAGUUGCUUCAGCUAUGAUUUUAGAGUUUAGCGCCAAGCUAGUUUUCAGUUACGAUGCUGAAACUUCACCUAUAAAUAUAACUGAAACUUAUAGUAGAAUCAUAAAUGGUUUCAUGUCUUUUCCUUUGAACAUACCUGGCACAGCAUACCAUCAAUGUCAAAAGGACCAAAACAAAGUAGUGUCCAUGUUGAAGGAUAAGCUAAAGGAGAGAAAGAAUGCGCCCGAGUUGAAUCAUGGUGAUUUGUUGGAUCAGAUUUGUAAGGACAUGGAAAAAGAGAAAUUCUUAUCUGAAGAUUUCAUUGGUCAACUGCUUUUUGGGGGCUUGUUUGCUACAUUUGAGUCAGUUUCAACUGUGAUUACAUUAGCAUUUUUGUUACUUCCAGAGCAUCAUUCAGUAUUGGAGGAGAUGAUAGCAGAGCAGGAAGCAAUUCUCGAAAGCAGAGAAAAUACAAGCUCUUCACUCACAUGGGACGAAUACAAAUUGAUGCCUUUUACUCUUCAUGUUAUCAAUGAAAUUCUUAGGCUGGGAAAUGUUACACCAGGAUUAUUACGCAAAGCAAUCAAAGAUAUCCCAGUUAAAGGAUUUACUAUUCCGGCUGGGUGGACCAUUCUGCUGGCCACCUCUGCUCAGCAGUUAAGUCCAAACACAUUCCAAAAUCCGCUUGAGUUCAAUCCAUGGCGUUGGAAGGAACUCGAUUCCGAAGUUAUAUCAAAGAAUUUCAUGCCUUUUGGUGGAGGAAUGAGACAGUGUGCAGGAGCUGAGUAUAGUAGGGUGUUCAUGGCAACCUUUUUCCACGUCUUGCUCACCAAAUAUAGGUGGACAAAAAUCAAAGAAGGAACUAUUUCUCGAAAUCCUGUUUUAGGAUUUGGGAAAGGCAUUCACAUUAAAUUUUCUAAGAUGUAAAGAGCGAAAGACCAAAGUGGCCUGUCAUUAAAUAAAUAAAUGUCCUUCUUUUAAAAACUUGUUACAAAAUGAACAAAUGCCAAAAUAUGAAAAUUAUGCAAAUGACUUACUCCUUAUUUUCUAUGGUAUUUUGGCAUAUGUAAUAAUGUUAGAGACACUUAAAUUACACAUAAUGUUUACACACAGUGGUGUGUAUUUAAUUUUAGUCAUAUUAGUGUGAAAAAUUAAUGAACCUAAUGUAUGCAAUCACCCAAGUAAUAUAAUAAUAAGUGAAUAGUCUCUUCAGGGAUUGUAAUUAUAUAUCCAAUGCAAUUAUCAAUUACCCUCAACAUAGAGUAUAAGAAAAAUAAAUUGGUGGUUUAAUGAUAAAAAAAAUAACUUGGUAGAAAUUAAAAUUUGCUUGAAAUGUGAC